AUGGAGCCGUCAAUGCUCCAGCUCAGACUCGCCUCGUCGUCAAUGGUGAAGUCUCCAACGAGGUCCCAAAUCCUCAGUACGAGUCGUGGUUCUGCACAGAUCAACUUGUGCGAAAAUUUCAACAAAAGCAGUGUUGCUCGAGAGUUCUCUCUCCGUUGUAGCCUCCAGCUCCUUCUCAAGAAAGAUAAGUCUCUGUCUACCUACUAUCGCGAGUUCAAGAACAUCUGUGACUCUCUUAGCUCCAUUGGAAAGCCAGUUGACGAGUCUAUGAAGAUUUUUGGUUUUCUCAAUGGCUUGGGGAGAGAAUAUGAUCCGAUAGCCACAGUCAUACAAAGCUCUCUGACAAAGCUUCCUACCCCAACGUUCAACGAUGUGGUCAAUGAAGUUCAGAGCUUUGACUGCAAGCUCCAAUCCUAUGAAGAUGCUACUGCAGUCACUCCUCAUCUUGCCUUCAACACGGAGAAGACGAACCCGUCUGACCCUCAGUUUGCUUCAAGAGGUCGUGGUCGCGGUUCUGGACAAAACAGAGGAAGGGGAGGUUACUCUACAAGAGGAAGAGGUUUCACACAACACCAAUCUUCCUCACCAUCCUCUGGUCAGCGUCCAGUGUGUCAGAUUUGCGGUCGUACUGGCCACACUGCUCUCAAGUGCUACAAUCGCUUCGACAACAACUACCAAGCUGAGGCAGUUCAAGCCUUCUCGUCUCUUCGAGUCUCUGAUGGCAACGAGUGGCAUCCUGAUUCUGGAGCAACAGCACAUGUGACACCCUCGACGGACAACUUACACUCUGCAACAACCUACGAAGGUAAUGACACAGUUAUGGUAGGAGAUGGAAACUUUGGUGGACUCACUUGA